AUGACUCGCAGUCAAAAUCUUCGUGUCUACCGUGCAUGCCAGCGGUGUCGCCAGCGGAAGCUGAAAUGUGAUCAGCAAAACCUGAGGGAUAGCACGUCAUCCUCAUGCCUGCAGUGUAUCCGUGCUGGUGGUGAAUGCAUUCUUGCCGGAUCGCGGCGCGGUGGCGACUUUUCUAGAUUUCGACGGUCGCGACAAAAGCAACACGCUGCACCGUCUCUUAGUGAAGCUGAAAUGGAGCACGCACCAAACAAUCACGAAAGUACAGACCCGAUGGACAGAGAUGAAGACCCUAUUUACGCCGAAUUAGAUAAUCCCGGCGAUGCACUCCAGAUUCUUGCCAGACUUGCUGCGAGUGACACCCGAAUCCCUAAUGACCUGGCCAACUCCACGGCCCAGGAUUCCUACACACGCGCCUGCUCAUCAGAUGGAGCACGAAUAGGGACGUCCUCCGCAAGGAGUGAUCCGGCAAAUAUCAUACAGCCUCCGAUGUUGCGGUCGAUACUCUCUGAAACGGAGACACUGGUGAUCGGCGUGUUAGGCACAGAUACUGUGAAUGGUCUAGUCCACCAUUACGCAUCGAACUAUCACACUUUCUGCCCCCUCGCGCCCAGAAAAGUUAUAGCAACAACAGAUCCCCGUAAAACAGCAGUAGAAGAGCCCUUCCUCUUGACGGUCAUUUUGACAAUCGCGUCUAGAGACGAAAUCGCAUACAGAGAGGUCCACCAACAUUGCUGGAACUAUUUAAAGCGACAUUUGCUAGAUGUACUACUAGCUACGCCAUCGACUCUAAGAGUCGGCACGGUCGAGGGUCUUCUGCUUCUCGCGGAGUGGGUUCCUUACAUGCAGCUGGAAACAUGUUCUUAUCCCAACAUGUUCCCCAUGAACUUGAGUGCCGUUGAGGAUAAUAUGGCCUGGUCACUGAUUGGACAAGCAGUGAGACAUUCCUUUCUUCUCCGUCUAGACAAGACAUCUUUUCGGGAGACUGCGAUGGGGGAUGCUCAGGAACUAGAGAACCGAAAGCUUCUAGCAUGGAUAUUUGUUUAUAUAUCUGACCGCCAAAUCUCCGUCCGAAUGGGACAGUCUUUCUGGUCGCGCGGGCCGUCUCUCUCCACAAACUUCACAGCGAACGACUUCCCAAGUCUAGGACUCAGAGCAGACGCAGUGCACAAAUACGCACACGUAUUACAAGCUACUAUUGAGCUCACUCAAAUUCUUCACAACGUGCACGACACAUUAUACGCGUCCAAAGAGCGAAGAGUUCAGAUGGUCCGACGGGGAGAUUACAAUCGUUAUCUAGACGAUUUUCGACAUUCCAUCUCUGCUUGGGAAAGCACUUGGGGUAGUCUUCAGGCAUCCCCAAAGCUGAACUGCACAAUGCACAUAUUCAAGGAAUAUGUCCGUUUGUAUGCUAGUGCUUUCUCUUUCCAGUCAUUUCUUUCCAAGGCUGUGCAGGGGAAGCGAGUUCCGAUCGCGCCUGGGAGAGACGGCAUCACGUCGCUAUUCCCACGCGGUAUCAUGUCCACUGCAGAGGGCUCCUAUAUUCUGGAGUCAAUAGAGGCCGCUCGGAAGAUUCUGACGAUAGCUGUCCAAACGGGCACUGAAGCACAGAUUUGCUAUAUGCCAUUUCGCUUUUACGUGUACGUUUCAUACGCCGUCUACUCCGCUGUUUUCCUAUAUAAAGCGGACGUCUUCGGGGCUCUCGUGAGCACAGAGUAUGCCGAAAUUGCCGACCUAGUGCGGCUGUUUAUUCAGACACUCGAGGAAGCUGCUAUCAGUGAUUGCCACAUUGCUAGUCGUUUUGCAACUCUUCUCAAACGUAUGUGGGUUUCCAGCAGGCAGCGCUCUGCUCUGGGGGGAAUUACACCCCGUGAGGCUUCAAACAUCUAUGGUCUGCGACAACCAACACGCUCUUCCAGCAUUCCACAGAAUGUCGAGUUGAUCAAUGAACAGAGCUCACAGUAUGCGACUUUCGACACCCAGCUUCCUGAGCCAUUCUUCAUUCCCACGCCGGAGUUUAAUCUUUUUUGCCCAGAACUGUCGAGUUUGGAAUCUGAAUUGGUAGAGCUUGGCGUGGGCUCCCUGACUUAG